AUGGAUUCGUACAUCAAUAAAGAAGUGGUGAUUAUAGGCAACGGGCCGUCAGCUAUAAGCUUGAGUUAUAUGCUGUCCGGCCACUGGCCUUAUUACACGAGUCAAUCGCAUCCCAACGAAUAUCUGCACCGGCGGCUCACCGAUGAAAGCGAGUUAAACAAGUCAUUAGUGGAACAGGACUUAGAAAUGCUGAGCGAUGGACUGGAAGGCCGUUCCAUCAAUAAAGUGUCGGUUCUGUUCGACCACUUAAACCAUCCGGAAGCUGAUUUCGGUUUCGAGAAUCCAUCGACACUCGAGUGGAGACACCGCUCAGACAAAGUUGUAGAUCACGUGGUGAUCGGCAAAGGACUUCCGGGCGGGGCCUGGCAUUCAAUGAACGACUGCAAAGAAAUUCUUACAAUAAGUUUGGGCUCUUGGAUGCAGUUGCCGGACAUGGAUAUAAGGAACUGGUGUUCAGAGCAUAGGAGGGAGAGCAGAGUGAGCCUGUCGACUGUCGCCAACUAUUAUAACAAUUACGUCAAAACGAAAGGUUUAAUGAAAAACUUUAAACACUUCUCUUCCGUCACUUCACUUGAAUUCGACGAACAAACCAAUAAAUACCGAAUCGAUGGCCACGACUCCAACGGCAAUCACUUCCAUUACAUGAGCCCCCGAGUAGUGUUGGCCACCGGUAACUGUGAUCGCGUCAACCGUAUGAAUGUUCCCGGAGAGGACCUGCCGUUUGUAUUGCAUUCACUUAACGAAUUGGAAACACUUAUAGCAGAAUCCAAAGUAAAGCCUUCUUCAGAUCCUAUCCUAAUAGUCGGCGCCGCAGAAUCCAAAGUAAAGCCUUCUUCAGAUCCUAUCCUAAUAGUCGGCGCCGGUCUGAGUGCAGCCGACGCUGUCAUUGCCACCAGAUUCAGAAGAGUGCCCACAAUCCACGCCUUUCGGAGGCAUCCGGAGGACCCGUCGCUCAUAUUCAAUCAGUUGCCGGAGAAUAUGUAUCCGGAAUACCAUUGCGUUCACUCGAAAAUGAAGGGAAAGUUUACGUCCAGCUGUGGUUACGAACCGCUAGCCAUGCAUUGUGUCAAAGAAAUCAAAGCUAAUAAAGAGGUUCUCCUCUUAAACAUGAUUGGCGUCGACGACACGCAACUUACCACUUGUGUCAAAGUGAAGGUCUCAUACGUACUGGUGCUCAUCGGAAUGAAACCAAACCUCAAUUUCAUCAAAUCUAAGAGUCUAUUAGCAGAUCUGGGAAUCAAGAAAAACGUAGGCAUUGAUCCCCGAUCUAACCCAAUAGCCAUCAACUCAUAUACUCACGAAAGUCUGGCCUCUCCGGGACUUUACGCUAUGGGACCAAUCGUUGGCGACAACUUUGUCCGCUUCGUACAGGGAGGCGCCCUCGCCAUCACUCACCACAUCCACAGCCAUAACAACAACGACCCAUCCUUUUGUCAAUAA